AUGCGUGAAGGCUGCCCCAACUGCGACAACGUCCUCAACUUCCGCGGCAACAACGACGCCAUCCAAGAAGGCACCUCCCAGGUCUUCGAGGGUCUGAUCACCCUGCGCGACCCGGCCACCAGCUGGGUUGCCCGCUGGCAGCGACUGGAUAGCUACGUGCCGGGGACGUAUGCCGUCAAGGUGACUGGUUCGGUGGGUUAUACCUGUUCUUAA